AUGUCUGAUUCGCCCUCGCUGCAGCAGCCGUUUGACCAACCUGCAACUCCCACCGCCGCUACCCGCACUGGUGUUGUCUCGUUCCUGGACCGCUUCCUCACGCUCUGGAUCCUUUUAGCGGCUGGUCUGGGCCUUAGUCUAGGCCAGAUCGACGCCAUUCAAGACUUCAUCGACGACACCACCGUGGACGGCACCAAUGUCCUCGUGGGCAUUGGACUCCUCGUCAUGAUGUACCCGCCACUCACCAAGGUGCGCUGGAACCUCGUGCACCGCAUCUUCGCUGACUGGCGCUUGCUGCUACUUACAACAGUGCAGAACUGGGUGCUGGGCCCCUUUGUCAUGUUCUUCCUCUCCUCGGCUUUCUUUAACGAUGACGCUGGCUACAUGACGGGACUCAGCCUCGUUGGUUGCGCACGUUGCAUCGCCAUGGUCGUAGUCUGGAACAGUCUCGCAGGUGGAGACGCCGAGUAUUGCGCUGCUAUCGUAGCCAUGAACUCCGUACUCACAAUUGGACUCUACUCUCCUUACGCUGGGCUAUUCAUCAACGACCUCCCGAGUCAUCUGGGCAUCGAUUCGAGCACCAAGAUCCAUGUCGCUAUGGGCGAAGUAGCCAAGAACGUCGGUAUCUACAUGGGUGCACCAUUCGUGGCAGCUCUAUUGACGUGGUACACGCUCACCAAAGUCAAAGGCACCACCUGGUACUUCGACAAGUUCACACCUCGCAUCGGCGUGUUGACGCUCUUGGCUUUGCUCUUCACGAUCAUCGUGCUCUUCGCCUCACAGAGCACACGCAUAUCGUCAAACCUGGACAAGGUUAUUUACGCUGCAGUACCGCUACUCAUCUAUUUCAUCUUCAUGUUCGUGGUAUCUUUCCUCAUGAGUUGGUGGCUCGGUGCAACAUACGAGCAGACAGUCUCGCUAUCCUUCACAGCUGCCAGUAACAACUUCGAGCUGGCGCUCGCAGUGGCCAUCGCGUCGUUCGGACUCAAGUCGGACCCAGCACUUAUGGCUGUAGUUGGUGCUCUCGUCGAGAUCCCGACAAUGCUCGCACUCGUGUAUUUGGCCUUCUGGCUCCGCGAGACGUUGUUUACAUCGACCAAGAUGGCCGAUGAGGCCGCUGUGCUGGACGCAAUGGAAGAGGCCGACGACAGCGUCACUGGUGUCUACGCCAAGAAGACGGAAUUGUAG